AUGGAACGAUCAACAAUUCUCCACCAUUGAAGUAUCCUUUUAUAUCUAAAGAUGAUUGGGAAAAAUUCAUUCAAGCUUGUAUUUCUAGGGACUUCAAGAAAUUGAGUGAAAGAAAUCGUGAAAGUUCGAAGAAGAGGACCUCAAAAUAUCGAGGUGGCAGACUUGGCUAUCAAUAUUUUGAAGAAACAAUUGAAAAAGAGCUGGAGAAGCAAGGAGUACAUGUUUCAUACGUGCCUCGACAUUUGACUUGGAUCAAAGCUCAUUCCCACAGAAGAAUGGAGUUUUAACUUUUGAUAAUCCUGCUGAUAAGGAAAUCCAUGAUGCAAUAAUUAGAUUGGAGGCACAAGUUAAAAAAGGUGAAAUACUCUCUACAGGUAGAGAUGACAUCUUAGCAAGAGCGUUGGACAAGCAAGAACGGGGUGGUUCUGUAAGGGGUGUUGGAUCUGGAGUAACUAACACAGAGUACUUUGGGUUUAACACACCACCUGCACCUAGCGAAGUGAAUGCUAAAAUGAAUGCGAUGAACUCAAAGAUGGCAUACAUGAUGAAGCAACAGAAUUUUAUAGUGUCAUUCAUGAUGUCAUGCUUGAACCAAGAGCAAUUGAGAGCAUUCAUGGCUGGUGGUGCUCGGCAAGGUGUUUUUGGUGGUGACACUGACACUACAUGUUUAGCUGGCCUGCUUGGCGUUUCUGGUAAAAAUUUUUGUUUUGGUGGUGACUCCAAUUAGGGGUGUUCAAAUCCGGGUACCCGGGUUUUCGGGUACCCGAAACAGCGGGUACCCGGAUCUUCGGGUAGUUUGAAACUCGGUCCAUGCCCCGACCCGAGAAAACCGGGUAUCCGGGAUUCGGGUACCCGAUUUUAUCGGGUCGGGUCAUAGGGUACCCGGAUUCAAUAUGAUAAUAAUUUGCCCAAAAUAUGAAAAAUGAUAAACAAUCAAGAAUCUUCUACCCAACCUUCAGAAAAUUAGAAUAAGUACAGCUAAAACUACACACAAUUAGAAGUAUAAUAAGUGUACAACUAAAAAUAAAUCUUUAUUAAAGAUUUAAUAUAAAAAAAAAAAAGAAAAAAAAAAACUCAGUUUCAUUAGUAGUUGUCUUCCUCCCACCGUCACUUACAUCAUCAUCAAUACCAUCCAUCAUCAAAAUCAUUAUUCACCAUCAAAAGGCACCACGCGAUUCUUGCCACGAAAUUGAAGACCCACAAUCAACCACCACCAGUCCACCACCUUUCCUCGAUUACAACCCAGAAAGUGAAGAUGCCCUCACAAAAUCGAACCACCCACUCCCCCUAUAAUUCGAAUAAGACCCAAAAUGCAAAUAAAUAAUCAAUUACGAGAUCUACAAAGUCAAGAGGAAUAAAUAUUGUAUUAUAACUUUAUAAGCAAGGUAGGAGAAGAACAUUGAAGAAUAAAAGAUGGAAAAGUGUUUUAGAGUGAGAAACUGAGAAGAAGAGGAGAGAGGAGAGGAGAGGCUAGGCGGCUAGUUGUGUUUUCUUGAAAUUAAAACCCUAGGUGGCUUUUUUUCUUUUAAUAUUGCUGUUGAUACAUACGGGUAGUCGGGUACCCGAGUUAACCAAAGUGUGCCCCAUGACCCGGCCCGCGACCAGGCAAUUUUUUCGGUCGGGUACCCGACCCGAAAAAUGCUAAAAAUUGACAAAUUACCCGUCGGGUUUUUCUCGGGGUCAUCGAGUAAUCGGGACGGUUUUUUUUUGAACACCCCUAACUCCAAUGGUUCUACCAGCUAAGGGUCGGGAGAUAUUGGGUUCAAUGAUGCUCAGAUAGACAACACUAUUGGUUAUGAGAUCCCGUUGACACAACUCUUAAUUGGAGGUAUGGAACACCUUGACGGUGAAGGGCCACAAUUCAGAUACGAUUCACCAGGGGAUAAAUCUCAUGAAGAGGCCUACUAUGCACAUGAAAUUAAGUUAAAUGCAGAAGCUCAUCAUACAAACAGCACUAUUGUGCAUCAGCCUCAUCUUCAAAUUCUUGAGAUAUAGCCAUAUCGUGUCCAAUGGCCUGAGGUGAACCUUAUCGAUCAAUUUGUACAUACCACAACCCCCGCACUGCUAAGUCAAGUUGUGGAUACCAUCAGCAACCAUACAUUUCCCGAGGGAUGGAGUGACUAUUGCUUGGCAAUUGAGGGAAGCGACAAACAACUACAAGUUGUUGCUAACAGACAAGUCUUCAUAGAAAGCAGCACAUAAGUUCUUGGUAAUCAUACCAUAUCGUUGCCCUCUGGUCAUCGUCGAGUCACCAUAACAGAAGAUAUUGUGCCAACUGCUCCUCUGCCAUGCCCAAACAAUGAAUUGCUUUUUGUAUGUCAUGCUAAGAGAUCUUAUACAGCUUGGCCUAAUCAUUUGAUUUUCCCCAAAAAGGCCAACAAGCAAUCAGAUAAAGAAGUUGAUGUGACCACACCAUCCCCACAAUCUAAAUCCUCCCAUGCAUCAACAACUCGUAAGUAUGUGAUUACCGACAAGGAUCGUGAGAAGGUGACAUCUAUUUUGAUGUGUGUUAUGAGAAAAAAAGCUAUGGGGAUGCAAAAUACCGGCGAUACCAUCUCUAUAACUAUUCCAGAGAGCAUGUUUCUUAACGAAAAUGGGUUAAAUGUUUCACUUGAUUACGAAGACUUGAUUGAUUGGUGUUUCCAAAGGGAGGUUGGAGAAUCGCAAAUGAAUAUAUUCAUGAAUAUGCAUUGGACGUUAGCUGUUAUUAGUCCCUGGAAUGGGUUGGUGUAUUGGCUAGAUCCACUUGGAGCAGAAAAUAAAAUCAACUCAUUCCCUGAAAAGAUUAUCACUGAAGGAAUCAAACAAUUCAGCUCGGUCCAUUGGAAGGACAUCAAGAAAAUAAAAAAGAAUGCAUAUAUUAGGUGGGAGCAACCACAAUGUCCUCGUCAACCAGCAUACACCAAGUAUUGUGGAUACUUUGUUUGUCGAUAUAUGCUAGAGAUUGUGCAGAAAAGAGUGUUAUGGGUUUCCAAGCAGGUCUUUCACUCGAUUUGUACAUAUUCUUCGGAAGACAUUGAUGAAAUGCGAGAUUUGUGGAUUAAAUAUGUUCUUGAUCAUGAGCCAGAUGAAGAAGAUUCGUGAUGGAUGAGCUAAAUGAAGAAUGAGAUGAGCUUGAGUAUGAGAUUAGCUUACUGUUAAUCAUUAUACUUGUACAUCUAGCUCCACUUUUGAACCUUUUUUUUUAUAGGAAAAGCUCUACUUUUGAGUUUUGUUUUUUAAUAUUAGAAUUAAUGUAAAUUUUGGGUUAAACUCUGUUGGACAGAAUUA